CACACUACAUCAGAAGCUAGAAUGCACAUGAAAAAAGUUCUCAAAACAUUUUUACAAAAAGGUGUGGAUCAUUGGCCAAAAUCCCGAGUAGUCGUCCAAGCACAAAAUAGUUGAAGACCAUACCUCAUCUUGCCUUCAACUCUUCCUCGGCUCCCCUAUACACCUAUCUACUACUGAUGAUGAUGAUCUACUUACACAUGGCAUAUGUAGAGAAAAAAGGAUAAAAUAGGGUCAGCUCAUGGCUGAGUGAGACAAUCAUUGCAUUGUGAGUUCAUAACAAAACAUACCCCUACCAUUCAUCUAGCAAUUAAGCCAAAACACUAGGAUCGGACCUUAGUCAUCUUCAUAUCCCAAUGGGCAAAAGACUCAACCACCUUGACUUAUGCAUAUGCGUCUUAUCAUGUUUUACUUACUCCCAUGCUAAUAACUGUCCCUGGAAACAUACCCCACAUCCCGUCGGAUGUGGUCAUACAUACCCCACACCACUAUGGGUGUAGUCAUACCCCGACACCGCUCUGGGUGGGGUCAUAUCUCGUAAGUAAUCUUCAGUCACCACCACAUGAGUGGUGUGAGUAUCUUACAUAUCAUAAUAGAGUAAUAUCAUAGGGAGCCUAAUUACUAUGUAAUUGACCGUGAGACCACAACACUCAUAUUUGGUAUCCUUAUACAUGAUUCAUAUAUCAUCUUGCUUAAUCAUAAUUCGUUACUUGCACAUGUACUUGACCUGGCCAUAAUUGGCUCAACAUAGGCAAACCAGGAGUCGUAUAGUUGCACUUCCUCGGGAUAAACCCUCGUGCAAGUCAUCCUCCUCAAAACAUCACAAUAUCACCAUGGGAAGUUUAUUUUCCCCACUUGUGAAUCCAAAUACAACCACAAUAUCACAUCAUGUCAAAACACCUUAUCGAUCAACCAUGAAGUAAUAUCAACAGUUAAGCCACAAAUAGCAACAUGUGUGCAAUCAUCAACAUAAACAAAGUCCAUAUCGAUUAGGGCAAGUCAAUAAUAUCAUACAACACCUAAUGGUUCAUCAUAUAGCAUAAAAGUCCAUACGACGAACCCGGUAUGUCGUGCUAAUCCCUCACUAGUUCUGGUCGUUCAAACUAGUUCUAAUCGUGAUAAUCCCUCAAUUCUAAGCAUCAAUAUAACACCGGUUUUAGCCUCCCAAACUAAACUUCACUUUUCUCAAACAAACUCGGAAUCAAAAUCCGAGAUUGUCCUAAUAUCCCGGGCAGUGUCCCCGUCAAAGUUAAUACUAGGUUCCGGCUCAAAUUCCCGAUAAAAACACAUCAAACCCUAGCCGGAUCAAAAUUUAGCGAUUCCGACUUCGACCUAAAUAAUUGCCGAAAUUCAUGAACUGCAGGAAGGUCGUAUAUGAAAUCUAGGCUGAAUCCGACUUUCGGAUACUCCAAAACCCUAAUUUGGUUUAUCAAAAAUUCAAGAAAUUUCUAAUUCAAAAACUCAUUUUAAUGCUCUAAAUCAAUAAACUACGAUGUAUAAAUGGAUUAGGCGUUACUUACGAGAUUUUUGGAUCACUAGAGCUCAAGAAUCAAGCUUUGGAAAAUUCUACUCCGCGUCCCCUGAACUCUCCGCUCGCUCUGUUGCUCUCGGUCCGAAAAUGGGAAAAGGAAUGAAAUGGGACGGAGAGAUUGUGAUCAAUUAUAUAUAUGCGAGCCAUUAGAGGAAAAGGAAUGAAAUGUGAAAGACAUUACACCUUCUCUUGUUAAUAAAACUAGGACGGAAGUUCGCGCUUCGCGGCGGAGUUAUUGAUUUCUUGUUAUAAAGUGAACCUAGAUACUGAAAUAAUAUGUUACUUAGUGCCCGGUAAUUGAAAUUAAGGUACAAUGAAGAAAAAAACUUAAGAAUAGAAUGUUGAGUCGUAGUUCGAUUAUUGUAGAUCAAGAAAUAAAAAUUAUCCCCUCAUGUAUUUUGUUGGUGAAGCUUUUCCUCUCUUUUGUUCUUACUUUUGGUUUAGUAGACUCGCAGAGAAAGGAGGAGAUUGGCAUAUGUGUGAGAGAGAGAGUGUUGAGUGGUGGAAAGAGAUGAGGAAAUUAAAUGAAAAUUAAAAUAAAUCUAAACUAACCUAAAUGAGUUCACAUAAUUACUCCUAAAAACAGACAAAAAAAACUCCUAUCUUGGGUUAACUACAAAAAGAUCACUUCUUGUGAUGUGACUCUGCGAAACAAUGUUUUAGAACUCUUUCUAAUUAGUUUGACAAAGCGGGGUGAGUUUCUUACAAAAAGAUCCACACGUGCCCCAAUCUAUUGAUCACAAAAGCGUGUACAACUCGUCCACGAUCCAAAAUUCGUCAACACCGGAUUCAACUCGAUAGAGCGGAGAAAAUUUGUAAUAAAAUCUACACUCAACCCAACUCAUUAAUUACAAAAGUUAGUAAAAUUUAUCCCCAACCCAAAAUGCGGCAACACCUGUAUCGGGUCAAAUUAGGUUGAACAAACAUGAAUUUGGGUUCAAUUAAAUUGUCAUAAGACGUGGGUUCGAUUUGGGUUCAAUCCCAAAGCAACCCAAGUUUUGUGAAAACUGGAUUCAACUUCCUCUGUCCGGAUUGAUAAAGUGGAGUGAGUUUUUAACAAAAUCCACAUGCAACCCAAUUUGUUGAUUACAAAAGCGAUAAAACUCGUCCCUUACCCAAAAUUCGUCAAUACUGGAUUCAACUCGAUAAAGCGAGCCGAGUUUGUAACAAAAUCCACAACCGACCCAAUUUGUUAACUUGUUAAUUACAAAAGCGGGCAAAAUUUGUUCUCGAUCCAAAACUCGACAAAAUCGGUACCGGGUAAAAUUAGUUUGAACACACAUGAAUUUGGGUUCAACUAUCAUAAGAGGCGGGUUCAAUCCCAAAGCGACCCAAAAAUUGUGAACACACAUGAAUUAGCUUGAACUCACAUGCAUUUCUCUGACCAGUGUGAUACAGCGGGCGAGUUUCUAACAAAAUCCACACGGGACCCAAUUUGUCGAUUACAAAAGCGGGUAAAAUGUGUUUUCGACCCAAUUCGAUGAUUACAAAUGUAGAUAAAAUUCAUUCACGCCUCCAAAAGUGUAAAGGAUAAAACUCGUUCUCGACACAAAAUGCGUCAACACUGAGGUUAACUGAUAGACCGUCAUUUACACAUGUUUUUACCCCCAUUCUUACACCGUUUGAGGUGUUGAUUCUCGUGUUUUAGGCCGAUUUCACGGUAGGUUGUGCUUGUUUGUGAUAUUUCAGGUCCUAGGACGUGAAUGAAGGCUUAGGAGCGAGUCUGGGGUCGAUUGGACGAGGAUCGGACGCAUGGCGAGGUUCUGAGGAAGUCGCACGGGCACACCCACAACCCGCACGGCCGUGCAAGUGACCAGUUUGGCCGUGCGGGAUCGUGCGUGGGCACGCACGGGAUUGUGCGUGGGCACGCACGGGAUUGUGCGUGGGCACGCACGGCCGUGCAAGUGACCAGUUUGGCCGUGCGGGAUUGUGCGUGGGCACGCACGGGCACAAGUGAAAUCCGCACGGCCGUGCAACAUACAAUUCUGGCCGUGCGAGUUGGCUGAGGUUCAACUAAUUGAUACGCCGCGUUUUGAGGUGCAUGGCCAGAAUGGUGAUGUGCACGGCCGUGCACCCUGGCCGUGCGAGUCGGGAAUGGCUGUUUUUAACCCAAAUUCGAGCCAAAGGAGAGGAGAGCUGGGUUUUGGAUCCCAAACACCCAAGGGACGAACCCUAGAGAGAGAGAGCGACUUGGAAACAUUCUUGGAGCUAUUUUGGAGGAUUUCUUCGCCAUUGGAGCUCGGGAAUCAAGCUUGGAGAUGGAGAUUGAAGAUCUAGAUCAGAUUUCUGCAGUCUCUCUCUUCUCUAUGGAGUAACUUCCCUUCACUUAGGUUUUGAGGAACCCUAGUUCCAUGAGUUAGGAUCUUUCUUGUAUGAAGUUUUGGAUGCUAUAUUGUUUGAUUAUAAUCGAAUGAUGCAUGUUUAUUGAGUCAAUUGAAGUCUGAUCAACUUUUCCUGAUUUCUGCUGCAACCUGAGAUAGAUAGAAUCUGAUUAGGUUGCUAGAGUCUCAUCAUUCGGUAGUAGGAGAUUGGCUAUACGAGAGUUAGCCAGUUUACUGCUUUGUACUGGAAUCCAAUUCCAGUAGUGGAGUUCUGUGCUUAUUGCUUCAGCUUUCUAUCCCGGUGAAGACUAGUCGUCUGCCGGAUAGUUAGACUGAGAGGGCUUGGUCAGCUUAAGAGAUUCCAAGCUACUGUCGGAUCUUCCGCAGUUUAAUCAACAGUAAAUCAACCAAAAUGAAUUACAACUUGGACCUAAUUGAGGAGCUAGGGGGAAUCAUACCUAAGUGAGUUCCCAAACUGUAAUUAGUAGUUUUACUUAGUUUAGUUAGUAGAGUAGUUUAGUUAAUCAAUCCUUAAUCUAGUUUGCUAGAUAAUGAACUGAAGCUGAGUAAUAGUAACUCUAGAGACCCGUGGAUUCGAUAUUUAUUACUUGUGCCACUAUACUGCAGUCCCUUUCAUUGGUUACACUUGGCCAUUGUUAGGUGUUGUGUUAUAGAGCAUCAAGUUUUUGGCGCCGUUGCCGGGGACUUUCUAGAUUAUUAGGAAAGGCAGAAGUUUGUUACUUUAGCUUUUUUUCUUUGCUUUUCCACCCUUUCUUUUCACUUGGGUGUUUUUUGUUUUUGUUGGUGCAGAUCUGAAUCAUGGAUCCUCAUGGCUUCUCCAACCAUUGGGGGUAUCCACCACCAUCCGAGUGGUAUUACCCCGAGACCCCCUGGAGCAAUCAAGGAGGAGAAGACUAUGGAUUCGGGUUUCAGUACCAACCCCCAUCCUACGAAGAACAAUCAGACCCCUGGGUAUUUCAAGAACAAUCUCCUUAUCAAGAAGAAUUCCUCCAUCAGCCAGAUCCAAACUAUCACUUGAGGCUUCUCGUGGACCAGAUUGCUCGAGUACCUGAGACAUCCUUUCCAAAGAUGGAUAUCCCAGACAAUGCCCAAACUGGGUUCUCCUACCGUGAAACAGAGGAGACCCUCCUGAGCAUAAAGAAGAGCCUCCAGGAUCUUGAGAAAGCUUAUGCACAACCUGCUCAAGAUCACCCUUCUGCUAUCAUACUAGAAGAGGAGGAGGAAGACGAAGGCUACAAGGAUAUUGUGGAGCAGACAGAAGUUUUCACGAAAAGCUCUCGUGAUGAUCAUGAUCAGGAAUUUCCUGCCGUAGCCGACCACACCUUCCCACAUCCCAAACUGAGCUUUGAAGAGGCGGGCAUGAGUGAGGAGAUGCAAGAAAAUCUCAUGAAAGAAAUUGCUUGGCAACUUGCUCUCCAAUCCGUGCUAGAAGAAGAAGAGCGAGAAAGGGUGCAGAAAGAAGUUGUGGAGGAUGAAGAAAGUGAAGCAGGAGGAGUUCUUGAUCUUUUCCCAGGGGUGAUACCACAUGAAGAAGAAAGGGAGGUUGAAGAAGCAAUUGGCGUCCAGGCUGAGGACGGAGUUAAGGUGGAAGAGGCCUGCACCGGCCAUGAGUUACAUGUGAUAUCUCCACCAAACUUCGAGGAGCUGCUUGGCAAGGACCCAUUUGCAGUGUCUCUUUGCCAGACCAAGGCCACAUCGACAUCGGUCCCUCUUGGUGGACGCGAUGGUGGCCAAUCGAUGCUGUCAUAUCUGGUUUGGGGCAAUGAGACGAGAGAAGAGAAGAAGAGGUCUCUAGGGUGGAGACUUCAUCUGCAUCAAGUACAUGAGCCUUCCUCACCUGCCACACCACAUGCUCGUGACUUGAGACUCCACCUCAUCGACGAGAACCUCAACUUCAAGGAGGUUCUAGCAUGGACCGAAACUUAGGAGCCAUCGUCCGGCUCACGACGUGAAAGAAGCGCUUGUUGGGAGGCAACCCAACCAGUCGGUUUGCAUUUCUUUCUCUAUUUAUCCUCGGUUGAGUCAUUUUUGUUAUUUGAUUUUAGAGUCAAUAACUCAACCUUUGUGAGAUUUUGUGUGGUGUUUGUGUUCUGAUUACUCUCUCUUUCUGGGAUGCACCGCCUGACCCGUUCAUCAUCAUUCACCCUUGAUCUGGUAACUUCGUUCUACCCUCCUUAUCUUUCCUCCAUUGAGGACAAUGUCGUGCUUAAGUGUGGGGGGGUGUUCGAUUAUUUAUGCGGGUGAAUGUUUGGUUGUUUGUGUGCUUGGAGCCUAGUCCACUGUCCAAAUUUUGAAUUUGAGGGCUCCAAGUACGUGUUCCUUGCAAUUGCCUGCUCAGUAUGCUUUGAAUUGACAGUCUUUAUAGUAAUAUGCAACCUAGGGAGGUAGUGUAGCACUAUGGAGGAUGUUGAUGCAUUUAAGAAGUCUCAUUGCUUCUUCAUAUUGUGUUGGUUGAUUGAGUGAAUUAGUGAUCUUAGGACCCUUGAAUUGUGUGGUGUUGUGGAUUCUCUACCUGUCAUGGACUCUUGUAUCAUGUUUUGAGUUUAACAGGUGCUCGAAAAUGUGCUUCAAAAUAACGUCUCCCGUGCGAAUAGGGCGAAAGUGUGUAAGGGGAGACGGGAAUUCGUUCCCAAUUUCCACCUACUACCUCCAGCCCCCUUACAUGUCUUUCCCCCGCACGAGGCUCGAGACAUCCGCUCCUGGCAUGGCCGGUAAGAGCAGGUUGGGACCCUUGAAAAAAAAAAAAAACAGAAAACAUGCAAAACAGAAAAGAAAAGGGGUUCCAACCAUCUUCAAGAAGAAAAUAGAGCACCUUGAAAAAUGUGAGUCCAUGAUCUUUUGUUUUUGAGAAUCUCUUCAUCCACAAUUCAUUUGUCCUCUGUUCACUAUUUGCCAUGAUGCCGACUCGAUACUAGUGCUCUCGCCGAAGAAGCUAUGAGAUGACUUGUGUUUCGGUUGACCUCGUAAGUUGCUAAAUGAUCUAGGAAGUCCUCUACCUACGAUCUGUGGUGUUUGUUGCUAUAGAGGUCUGGAGAGUUGCAUUGGUUUGAGUUAGGUUUGCUUGGGGACAAGCAAACGGUUAAGUGUGGGGGAGUUUGAUAGACCGUCAUUUACACAUGUUUUUACCCCCAUUCUUACACCGUUUGAAGUGUUGAUUCUCGUGUUUUAGGCCGAUUUCACGGUAGGUUGUGCUUGUUUGUGAUAUUUCAGGUCCUAGGACGUGAAUGAAGGCUUAGGAGCGAGUCUGGGGUCGAUUGGACGAGGAUCGGACGCAUGGCGAGGUUCUGAGGAAGUCGCACGGGCACACCCACAACCCGCACGGCCGUGCAAGUGACCAGUUUGGCCGUGCGGGAUCGUGCGUGGGCACGCACGGGAUUGUGCGUGGCCACGCACGGCCAUGCAAGUGACCAGUUUGGCCGUGCGGGAUUGUGCGUGGGCACGCACGGGCACAAGUGAAAUCCGCACGGCCGUGCAACUUACAAUUUUGGCCGUGCGAGUUGGCUGAGGUUCAACUAAUUGAUACGCCGCGUUUUGAGGUGCACGGCCAGAAUGGUGAUGUGCACGGCCGUGCACCCUGGCCGUGCGAGUCGGGAAUGGCUGUUUUUAACCCAAAUUCGAGCCAAAGGAGAGGAGAGCUGGGUUUUGGAUCCCAAACACCCAAGGGACGAACCCUAGAGAGAGAGAGCGACUUGGAAACAUUCUUGGAGCUAUUUUGGAGGAUUUCUUCGCCAUUGGAGCUCGGGAAUCAAGCUUGGAGAUGGAG